GCACCUCGGCCAAUCACGGGCCGCGCCUUCUCGGUGACCUUUUCCGGGCCCCUCCAGGCUCCCGCCCCCUCCCGCCAGCCUCAUUGUCGCGGGAGGCGCCGGAGGUGAGAGCAUCUUUUUCAGUACUUCAGCCGCUGGAGCCGGAGCGAGAUCCGCCGCUUGGGGUCCCCUGGCCCGAGGCACCCGCCCGCUUGCCAUGGACUACGAUGAAGGAAUAGAUCGGGAUUAUGGCCAUGGAUUUUACGGAGGGAUGGAUCGUGACUAUGGCCAUGGCUCCUUUGGAGGUCCAAGAUCCAUGGACUCUUACCUAAAUCAGUCCUAUGACAUGGACAAUCGUGGUGGUGGUGGUGGUGGUGGUAGCAGGUUUGGACCUUAUGAGUCUUACGACUCCGGGUCUUCUCUGGGUGGGCGAGAUCUGUACAGAUCUGGCUAUGAUUUUAAUGAACCCGAACAAAGCCGCUUCGGAGGUAGUUAUGGUGGUCGAUUUGAGAGCUCCUACCGGAAUAGCCUUGACUCUUUCGGAGGUAGAAACCAGGGCGGGUCUAGCUGGGAAGCACCUUACUCCCGUUCAAAAUUGAGGCCUGGGUUUAUGGAGGACAGAGGAAGAGAAAGUUACUCUUCCUGCAGCAGUUCUUCUUCACCCCAUAUGAAGCCUGCACCUGUAGGCUCUUGGGGGAGAGGAACGCCUGCUUAUCCUGAAAAUACGUUUGGAAGCAGAAACUAUGAUGCUUUUGGAGGACCAUCAACAGGCAGAGGCCGAGGCCGAGGAUAUAUGGGCGAUUUUGGAGGCAAGCGUAAACCUGGAAUUGUUGUAGACUAUCAUAACAAACCCAGUCAUGUAGCAGUUGCUGCAAGAGGAAUCAAGAGAAAAUUAUUGCAGCCAUCUACUAAGCCUGGCGGGACAUUUAUCAAGAAACUGAAACUGACAAAACUGAUUGAGAAGAUAAAUCAAAAAAAAUCACCUACUAAAAUGAUCCCUAAAAGUGACGAAGAAAAGCGACGAGUUGAAAUACGAAGAGAGAAACAAAGGCGGAGAAGAGAGAAGAUCAGUGAGAAGUAUGGCGAUGUAUACAGGAUGACAUUCACAUGUUCAUUUUGCAAAUUUCGAACAUUUGAAGAAAAAGAAAUUGAACUUCAUCUGGAAAGUUCUUUUCAUAAGGAAACCUUAGAUUAUAUUCAGAAACAAACAAAAUUUGAUAAAAUAGUUAUGGAAUUUUUGCACGAAUGUAUGGUGAAUAAAUUCAAGAAGACAUCAAUGCGUAAACAGCAGACAAUUAAUGAUUCAGAUGCUGUUAAAGCAGUUGAGAAAGAUGUAAUGGAAGGGGUUACUGCAGAUGACCACAUGAUGAAAGUAGAGACUGUACACUGCAAUGCUUGCAGUGUGUAUGUACCUGCCUUACACAGUUCGGUUCAACAGCACUUAAAAUCUCCUGACCAUGCCAAGGGGAAACAAGCUUAUAGGGAACAAAUAAAAAGAGAGAGCAUCUUAACAGCUACCAGUAUCUUGAAUAAUCCAAUUGUAAAAGCACGGUAUGAACUUUUUGUUAAGGGUAAGAAUUCUUUUGAGAUUCCAGAUCAAUGUCAGGAGCAACAGGGAGAAGAAUUUGAGGAGGAAGAAGAAAAGAUUGAUGAGCCUGUGGAGGAAGAAGUAGUAGAAGAGGUGGGAGUAGAAGAAGAAGAAGAGGAGGGAACAGAACAACAAGUUGAUUUCAAUAUUGAACAGACUGAAGAAAAUUAACUACAUGAAGAAUUAGAUGUAGCAUUUUUUCAUCCAGAAUUGGCUUGUAUAAAAUGAGUUAACAUUCUGUACAUUCAUUCCAUGAUCUUUAAAUAUCAAUAUAUAAAUUCAAAAUGUUUGUUUUAAAGAAAUGAAGGUGAGACUAUUUUAGUGAGGCUUUUGUAGCAAUAAAAUUUAGUUCUGAUAAUUUGUAUAAUUUUUUUUUUUUUUUUUACUUUAUGGAGACUGAGAUGUGUAGUAUUAAUAUGUCUAGUAUAAUCAUUUUAUUAAAAGUGCUGCUCAUGAAAGUAAAUAUUCAGAAUGUAUAAAAAACUUUUUGAAUAAUUACUAUUUGGAGAGAUGAAAGGGCCAGAACUUUUUAAAUUAAGUGUGGCUAUUUUAAGACUGCAUUGCUCAAUGUAUGCUAGUUUGUGUUAGGGUAUAUACUUCCUAGCCUUUUUGUGAACCUAUGUAUAAAUUUAUAGCAGCAUAUGUUUUCUAGAAACUUUUCCCAAAGUAACAAUUUUAGAUCUAAUGAAAUUUAUCAAUGGAGUAUUUUUAAAAUCAGAAUUGUGUGGCUUCAGUGUUCAGAUAUUGGGGGAAAAAAAGGUGGAGAGAAUUUUACUUGUUUCAGUAAUCAAAUUUUUGACAAUAUGGAUUUUUCCAAAUUUCACUUUAACCAGCAUAUAAAACUGGUUUUGAAUAUCUUUCUGAUCUCUUUAAAGGUUUUUAAGUUUUUUUGUGUGUGCCAAGCCUUGAUUUCUUUUGAUUGUAUGUUUAAAUAUAGAAUUGUAUCAUAGCUAUUGUGCAUUUGUCAUGUCUCUUAAUGACUGACACAAUUAAGAAUCAAACUGUCAUGUUUUUGUGAGUAUCAUUUCUUUGGAAUAAAUAAUCACUAAGUUUUAAAAA